CUCCCUCCCCUCCCUGUAGCUCGCUCCCAGCAGCAGCAGCAGCAGUGGAGCAUUGGAGCCGCGGCAGCAUCCGCCCUUCCUUCUUUCCUUCUAUCCUCCCUUCCUUCUCUCCUUCUUUCCUUCCUUCCUUCCUUCCUUGCAUCCUCCUUCCUUCCUUCUUUCCUUCCUUCCCUCCCUCCUUUCUCCCCCUCCAGCCCUGACAGUGCGCCGAAGGACCUGAGCUCCACCCGUGGCUCCUGCUGCUGCUGCUGCUGCUCCCUUCCUUGCCUUCUCCUCCUCCCGGAGCCUUGAAGAAGAAGAGGAGGAGGAGGAGAGGGAAGGAGGAUGCUGGGCUGCCUGAGGCUGCGGGGCAUCCCCGGAUCCGCCUGAGGCCCCGAAGCCAAAGGGCGAGGAGAGAGCCGGGGGCAACAACGGCGGCUCUGGGGCGGAGGCGAGGAGCAACCAUGAACGGCGCCCGGGUCUCCGCCUCUCCUCCUCCUCCUCCUCUUCUUGCUGCUCCUGCUGCUCCUGCUGCUGCUUCCCCAGAGCUGCUGGCUGCCGCUGCCCAUGAACACAGGGCUCCAGUGUAGCGGGAGGAGGAGGAGGAAGAAGAAGAAGAAGAAGAAGAGAAGGAAAAAGAAGAAGAAGAAGAGAAGGUGGCGGCGGCGUGCUUGGCUAGCGUCGCGCCCGGGUCCCAAGGUGUUGGAGGAGGAAGAGGAGGAGGAGGAGGGGAGAGAGGAGAGGAGCCCUCCACCACCACCACCACCACCACCAUGUCUUCCUCUUCCUCUUCUUCCUGCUCGGUGGGGCUGCGCGCCUCUCGUCCCCCCGCCGUGCCGCCCCCCAUGCCGGAGCUGCCCGACCUGAGCCACUUGACGGAGGAGGAGCGCAACAUCAUCCUGGCCGUGAUGGACCGGCAGAAGGAGGAGGAGGAGAAGGAAGAGGCCAUGCUCAAAAGAUUGCACCAACAAUUUGAAAGUUACAAAGAGCAAGUGCGGAAAAUAGGUGAGGAAUCCCGCCGUUCACAAGGAGACCACAAGGAUGAUGCCCCAACAUGUGGAAUCUGUCACAAAACUAAGUUUGCGGAUGGUUGCGGCCAUUUAUGCUCUUACUGCCGGACAAAGUUUUGUGCCAGAUGUGGAGGACGUGUUUCCCUACGAUCAAACAAUGAGGACAAAGUGUACAGGAAUAAUGUCUCUGCUGGCUAUGGACCACUGUUGGAAGGGCCAGAGACAGUUAUGUGGGUAUGCAACCUAUGUCGAAAGCAACAAGAGAUCCUGACGAAAUCUGGAGCAUGGUUCUUUGGAAGUGGUCCACAACAGCCCCCCAGUCAGGAUGGAACGCUGAGUGACACUGCCACUGGUGGCGGUUCGGAGUCGCCUAGAGAAAAGAAGGCACGGCUUCAAGAGCGGUCGCGGUCCCAAACACCCUUAAGCACAGCAGCCGCCACUUCCCAGGAAAUCUCCUCCGGUGCACAAACUGACAGAAGAAAAGGCACAGAGGCAUCACAGCAAGCUAUGGGCCUGGAACAGAAGCAAACUUCGUCAAGAUCUAGAAGUGAACCCCCAAGAGAGAGGAAGAAGACAUCUGCAGCUCCUGAACAGAAUGGGAAAGGAGGUCUAAAAGGUGAGCGCAAACGUGUGCCAAAAUCUGCACCUCAGCAGGGUGAAGGACAAACAGAUGAGAGGGAAAGUAAAGAAAGACGUGAUGGUAGAAGAUUAGAGAAAGGGAGGUCUCAGGACUAUUCAGACUUUCCACCCAAUUUUGAGGAAGGCAAGGCAAUAGAUGAAGAAAAGCAAAGGAAAGAAGAUGACUAUCACACUCGGUACAGGAGUGAUCCAAACCUAGCAAGGUAUCCGGUGAAGCCACAUCCUGAGGAGCAGCAGAUGCGUAUGCAUGCAAAGGUAUCAAAGGUGCGGCAUGAAAGAAGACACAGUGAUGUCGCCUUGCCCCAUACAGAGGUCGAGGAGCCUGAGGUGUCUGAGAAUAAACUAGGAAAGCACCCACAGUUGCCAGCAACUCAGGACAUGAAAUCUCACCCGGACACUCAGAGGGCAUAUGCGAUAGAAAGAACAGGUGACGUAAGAAUUUCCGUUUCUAAACAAUUAGCUAACCAUAGCUCACCAACUCCCAGGCAUAGCGUGGUUCCUACAGAGCACUUAGAAUCCAAAAACCACGAUUCCUUUAAAACACAGAGUCGCCUAGAUCCUAGCUCUGCUAUUCUCAGUCGGAAAGCAAAGCGGGAGAAAAUGGAGACUAUGCUAAGGAAUGAUUCCCUUAGUUCUGACCAGUCAGAAUCAGUGCGACCAUCUCCUCCAAAGCCUCAUAGAUCGAAGCGGGGUGGAAAGAAAAGGCAAAUGUCAGUCAGCAGCUCGGAGGAAGAAGGAGCGUCAACCCCCGAAUAUACCAGUUGUGAUGAUGUGGAAAUAGAAAGUGAAAGUGUCAGUGAAAAAGGUGACUUGGAUUAUUACUGGCUGGAUCCUGCCACGUGGCACAGUAGGGAGACAUCUCCUAUUAGCUCACAUCCUGUGACGUGGCAGCCUUCUAAAGAGGGAGAUUGCCUGAUUGGUCGUGUUAUUCUCAACAAGAGAACAACCAUGCCAAAAGAGUCUGGUGCAUUACUUGGACUCAAAGUUGUAGGAGGAAAAAUGACUGAAUUGGGACGACUUGGUGCCUUCAUUACCAAAGUAAAGAAAGGUAGCUUGGCUGAUGUAGUGGGACAUCUAAGAGCAGGCGAUGAAGUUCUAGAAUGGAAUGGUAAACCACUUCCUGGAGCUACAAAUGAAGAAGUUUACAACAUUAUUUUAGAAUCCAAAUCAGAACCUCAAGUUGAAAUUAUUGUUUCAAGACCAAUUGGACUUUUUCAUAGGUUUCAUUCAGCAAACUCCUUCAGACGUGUGUAUAAAAACUUCUAUGACAUUCCAAGGAUUCCUGAGACUUCUCAUCCUCCACUAGAGUCUAUUUCUGCAGCUAUGGAAAAUGGGCUAAAAAGGGAAGGUUCUAGUUCAUUUGAAUCUCAAAAAAUGGAACGGCCUUCAAUCUCUGUUAUUUCCCCUACUAGUCCUGGAGCCCUAAAAGAUGCCCCACAGGUUCUACCUGGGCAGCUCUCUGUUAAACUAUGGUAUGACAAAGUGGGACAUCAGUUAAUAGUGAAUGUUCUUCAAGCAACAGAUCUGCCACCUAGAAUAGAUGGACGACCAAGAAAUCCUUAUGUGAAAAUGUAUUUUCUUCCAGACAGAAGGUAUGAUAAGAGUAAAAGAAGGACCAAAACAGUAAAGAAAAGCUUAGAACCAAAAUGGAACCAAACAUUUCUCUAUUCACAUGUGCACCGUAGAGAUUUUAGAGAACGGAUGCUAGAAAUAACUGUCUGGGAUCAGCCACGAGUACAAGAAGAAGAAAGUGACUUUCUUGGAGAGAUCCUGAUAGAGUUGGAGACAGCACUUUUAGAUGAUGAACCACACUGGUAUAAGCUGCAGACACAUGAUGAAUCCUCACUACCUCUGCCUCAGCCAUCACCUUUCAUGCCAAGGAGACAUGCUCAUGGUGGAGAAAACUCUAGCAAAAAAUUACAAAGAUCUCAGCGAAUCAGUGAUAGUGACUUCUCAGAUUAUGAUGUUGAGGAUGGUAUUGGAGUAGUUCCUUCAGUAGGUUAUAGGUCUAGCACUAGAGAAAGUAAAUCUACAACGUUAACUGUGCCAGAACAGCAAAGAACAACCCAUCAUCGUUCGCGAUCUGUUUCUCCUCACCGUGGUGACGAACAGGGCAGGACCCGUUCUCGUUUACCAAAUGUGCCAUUACAGAGGAGUUUAGAUGAAAUUCAUCAAAUGAGAAGAUCACGUUCUCCAACUAGACACCAUGAUGCCUCCCGAAGCCCAAUUGACCGCAGGUCCAGAGAUAUGGAUAGUCAGUAUUUGUCUGAUCAAGAAAGUGAGCUUCUUAUGCUGCCCAGGGCAAAACGAGGAAGAAGUGCAGAGUGCCUACAUACCGCCAGAAGUUCCGUAAGGCAUUAUAAAACACUGCCACCCAAGAUGCCUUUAUUAGAGAAUGGCACUUAUUGGAAUAUUUAUAGCUCAACUCUGCCUGCAUGUGUUAAGGCCAAAUCUGUGCUUAGUCGGGAUGUUUCACUUCUGCGUAAUUGCCUUAAUUCACGAAUACCGAGAUUUACAGAUGGGCUAUUGUUUAGUGAACUGCAGCCCUCGCUUGACAGGGCUAGGAGUGCUAGUACCAACUGCUUGAGGCCUGAUACUAGUUUGCAUUCACCAGAACAAGAAAGACAUAGAUGGUCUCCGUCUCUAGAUAGGAGACGGCCUACUAGUCCCCGGAUUCAUAUCCAACAUGCAUCUCCGGAGGAUGACAGAGCCACACCACCGCUGGAGUCUUGCAUUCCAAAACAAGAUACUUUAAACUUCCUAAGUGCUAAUCCAGAAGAAACACAGAGGCAUUCCAGAAAGGUGGAAAGAUAUAGCAAUCAAAAACAAACUAGGAAAGUCUCUGCCUCAGAAACAGAAAGAAUGCACCAACCAGGAAGUCCCAUGCAGUCGUCUCCAGCAGACACCCCAUUCAGCAGCCGUAGGGGGAGGCAGCUUCCGCAAGUCCCUGUCAGGAGUGGCAGUAUAGAGCAAGAGCAAGAACGUUUUAGCUCAUCUUCAAAAGCUAAUUUAGUAGUGGAGGAGAGAACAAGACAGAUGAAAAUGAAAAUGCACCGUUAUAAUCAGACAACAGGGUCUGGUUCUAGUCAAGAACUGGAACGUGAGCAAUAUUCCAAGUAUGAUAUUCAAGCAGAUCAGUAUCGAAGUUGUGAUAACGUCUCUGCCAAGUCAUCAGAUAGUGAUGUCAGUGAUGUGUCAGCUAUUUCCCGUACCAGUAGUGCCUCCCGCCUCAGCAGCACAAGCUUUAUGUCAGAGCAAUCCGAGCGCCCUAGGGGCAGAAUAAGGUCAAAGUCCCUAGAGAACUGCAAAACUGAUGGGAAAAAGGAAAGAAGGAUAUCAUGGGAAUUAGAUGACAAGACGGGGCACAGUGAAAAAAAAAUGAAUUUGCAAGACAAGAAAAGGAGAAGGCAUACUGUUGCUGAUGUGAGUACGUUUACUCCUAAAAUGCAAGGCAGACGGAUGGGGACUUCAGGGAGAAUCAUCACAAAGAGCACAAGUGUGAGUGGAGAGGUGUAUAAGCUGGAGCAUAAUGAUGGUAGUCAAUCAGACACGGCGGUUGGUACACUUGGAACAGGUGGGAAGAAAAGACGAUCAAGCCUUAGUGCCAAAGUGGUUGCCAUGGUCUCUAGAAGAAGCAGAAGCACAUCCCAGCUUAGCCAAACAGAGACGGGCAGCAAGAAGCUAAAAAGCACGAUACAAAGAAGCACAGAAACUGGGAUGGCUGCAGAAAUGAGAAGCCGUAUGGUCCGGCAGCCAAGUCGGGAAUCCAAUGAUGGAAGUAUCAACAGUUACAGCUCAGAGGGAAACCUAAUAUUUCCUGGAGUCCGACUGGGUGCUGACAGUCAAUUCAGUGAUUUUCUUGAUGGAUUGGGACCUGCCCAGCUAGUAGGUCGACAAACUUUAGCGACCCCUGCCAUGGGUGAUAUACAGAUUGGAAUGGUGGACAAGAAAGGCCAGUUAGAAGUAGAAGUCAUCAGAGCCCGGGGCCUAACACAAAAGCCUGGUUCUAAAUCUACCCCUGCUCCAUAUGUUAAAGUAUACCUGUUGGAAAAUGGGGCUUGCGUAGCCAAGAAGAAGACAAGAAUUGCCAGGAAAACUCUUGAUCCUUUAUAUCAACAAACACUAGUUUUUGAGGAAAGUCCUCAUGGAAAAGUCCUUCAGGUGAUAGUCUGGGGAGAUUAUGGUCGAAUGGAUCACAAAUGUUUCAUGGGAGUUGCACAAAUCUUGCUGGAAGAACUUGAUUUAUCCAGCGUAGUGAUUGGCUGGUACAAAUUGUUUCCACCAUCCUCCCUGGUGGAUUCAACGUUGACUCCUCUGACUCGCAGGGCCUCCCAGUCAUCUCUGGAAAGUUCAACUGGGCCUCCCUGCAUUCGGUCUUAGUGAACACAAUAACAGGAGCUCCUCAAUGAAGUGAUUAUCACCCAGGAUAACUAACAGGGAGAAAAACUACUUACAACAACGAGGAGCACUUUUGAACAGAGACAAUCAUCACUUCAGUUUUGCCUGUAGUAGUUUAUCCAAAAAUAUGCCUCUGUGUGAAAAGGGUGGCUAAAAUUGACCGAACAAAGCAGUAUAUGAAAAUAGAGUCAGUCCAUCUAGCAAAGUGUCCCUAAUUCUUCUGAUAAUCAUAAUGAGGAGGGACCUUUCAAAAUUAAACUGGAACCACAUGUUCUUUUGACAGUUCUCCCACUCUUUUUCUUUUUCUUUUCUUCACAGAGACCAGAAGCAGUGUUAACUUCCUGGUGUUUGUUCGUGUUUAACUUGCUUUCGCUGUGUUAUCCUGCCUGUUUUGUAAAAAAUGUCGGAAUGCUAACAGAGACCCUUCCUUUCUUUUUCUAAAACAAACCAAAAAGGGCUGAAGCACAUCUCUGUAAGCAUCUCCAGAAGUGUUCACCUGCCAAAAUUAUCAUAUGAUGCCAAUAAUAGCCACAUCACCCCUUCUUUCUGGUUGUUCAUAGUCCUAACACAGAUGGAAAGCCAGAAUAAAUGACUAAUUUAUUGUUUUGUUGAACUAUGUCUUAGAGCAUAUCCUAAUUUCCCAUUGUAAAAAGUGAAUAUUUUUGCAUUAUACAUCAUUAUUUUUAUGUUUUGACCAUGAUUUUGCAUGAAGGAAAUCUGCAACUGCAACUAUUGCUGAAGACUUGAUAAAAAGCAGCUUUUUUUGUUUUGACAUUGGCAAUUACGUUUAUAAAGCAUAUCAGGCCCGUGACAAAAGUCUUAAUGUUCAUGCGUGUAAAUGUACAAUUGACUUUCCCAAUGUGGACCAGAAAUAGAGUUAGGCAUCCAACACUUUCAACUGUACCCAGGCAUCUCGGGUGAUCCAAGUGUCACUUUUGACACACUUGUCUGCCCUGGUUCGAGCAUGGUAUGAGUUGUUCAGUUUGUCACUGGAAAUUCCAGUUGAAUAUUCUGCACUUACUAAUGUUUUUAUCAAAUUUCAGUUUACGUUUAUUUGAGAUUGAUGCAAGCACAAAGCUUGAUUUUUAACAAAAAUGAUUUUAUGUUUAAGGGAGGGGGGUAUGGUAACAAAAAAACCUUGCAUUUUGUUCAUCUUGGUUCUUUCUUGGCCUUGAAAUCCCUUGUGUUUUUUCUGUAAAUGUGCUAAAAAAAACCCUGCAGAAUGUGCAGGUGCAUUGAAAAGUUCUCCUUCCUUUUAUGGUGAUCUCACAAAAUAGAGCAGCAUGACUUGGAACUGUUCAAAGCUGCAUGCACGUUUUUGUAAAAAAAAAAUGCAAAAGAAAUAGAAAAAAGGAAAAGGAAAAAGAGGAAAAAGUCACAAACAAAAGAGAUUAUUUAAUAAUGUAUGUUAGUUCCACAUAGGCCAGGUUGUAUGUUGCAUGUACUUGUACAGUUUGCUCAUAAUUACUCUAAUGAAGUAACCAAGAAAUCUAAGCCAUCCAUUUUUUCUUAUAGACAUUUUGCAGGUUUUAGCCAGGCUGUCAGUUAGUCUGGUGCUAAAUGUCUAUUGAUGGACUUUAUUUUUUACCGUAUGGAAAACGUGAUGUAGUAUGGACCAAAUUCCUUCUACUAAAUAUUUUGAUGUAGAUUCCUACUGUGGGGCUGUAACACAUGUAGAAACUGUGGACACAAUUAAGUUUUCCUUCAUAGACAUAACUGCCUGCACCAAGUGAACUAUUUAUUAUUGUUAUUAUUAUUUAAUAUUGCCAGAACUAUUCUGCCCAUGUUUCCAUGGGGAACAGAUUGAUUACUGCUCGACCUGCUGAGCAGGAAGAACUGAAGCAUUGGUGCACUACUAGAUUCUCUUCUGUCUUUUAGUGGCCAAAUAAAUAAACUAAUGAUAAUUCGGUAGUACCUUUCUAUUUUGACCACUUGUCUUAACAUUUCCCUGUGCUUUUAAAUGAAACUUCCAACUCAUGUUAUGUAGACAUGUUUAAUAAAAUUUCCUUUUCAUGUUCA